AUGAAGAUUGUCCACGGCGUCCUAUCCAUGUUGUGCUUUAACCUCGCCUAUUCUCAUAUGACACCUGUAAUAACGCACAUUUUACCAAACCAAAUAAAAGAUAUUGGUGGUGCAACGGAAAUGGCAUGCACAGUUUCAAAUUCCUCUAACUAUUAUGUUUUGUGGAUGAAGCUUGACUUAAACAAAUCUAUUGAACCUUUCCUUAUUUCUUUUAAAAAUACACUUAACAUCAAAGACUCUAGAUUAUCAAUAAUACAAGACUCAAUGAUGGAUGAAAUACGUUACACAUUACAGAUUAAUGAUAUUCAAGAAUUUGACACUGGUAUCUAUCGCUGCCAAAUUGUGAUUGGACUACACAACAUAAUAUCUGCUGAAGUUGAGUUGAAAGUACGUGGACCUCCAAUGAUACAUGAGAAUUCCACCGCAUCUAUGGUUGUAAUGGAAGGUCAACAAGUGACCCUCGAAUGUUAUGCUCGAGGGUAUCCUAGUCCAAGAAUUUACUGGAAGAGAGAAAAUAAUGGAAUUUUACUUGCCAGCCGAUCAAUUUUCAAGGGUAAUAUUUGGAAAAUUCCAGCUAUCAGAAAGGAAGACCGUGGGUCUUAUACUUGUAUAGCAGCAAACGGUUAUGGCAAACCUUCUCGGCGUAGAAUUGCCAUACAGGUAGAAUUUGCUCCAAUCAUUACUGUACCUAAACGCAAUUUAGGACAAUCUUUACACAAUGAUAUGGAUAUUUCUUGUAAUGUCGAAGCAUAUCCAUCACCAGCAAUUAUUUGGAUAAAUAAUAAUGUACAACUCUCCAACAAUCGACAUUACAGGUUGGUAACCACCUACUUAAUUGUUGAGAGUUUAAGAUUGUUAAUUUUAUUCUUAUGA